GUGGCGCGGGCAGCGGCCGGCGCGCCUGUGGGGAGUUGGCUGUGAGGGGACGCGGCGGCGACGGCAGGAGUGUGAGGUCGGUGGACAGGCAGCAGUGGGUGCGCACCAGCUCCCGGAGGCCACGGAGGCCGGGGUUGGGGGGGCCAAGCCGCGCAGCCCUGUGGAGUAGCUGGUCAGCACCGCCGGCGCCUCCGGUCUCUGAAGGAGCAGCUGCAGCUGGAGGGAUAUUAGAAAUGGCUACUCCCCAGUCAGUUUUCAUCUUUGCAAUCUGCAUUUUAAUGAUAACUGAAUUAAUUUUGGCCUCAAAAAGUUACUAUGAUAUCUUAGGUGUGCCAAAGUCAGCAUCAGAGCGCCAAAUCAAGAAGGCCUUUCACAAGUUGGCCAUGAAGUACCAUCCUGAUAAAAAUAAGAGUCCUGAUGCUGAAGCAAAAUUCAGAGAGAUUGCAGAAGCAUAUGAAACACUCUCAGAUGCUAAUAGGCGAAAAGAAUAUGAUACACUUGGACAUAGUGCUUUUACUAAUGGUAAAGGACAAAGAGCUAGUGGAAGUCCUUUUGAGCAGUCAUUUAACUUCAAUUUUGAUGACUUAUUUAAAGACUUUGGUUUUUUUGGUCAAAACCAAAACACUCGGUCCAAGAAGCAUUUUGAAAAUCACUUCCAGGCACGCCAGGAUGGUUCCAGUAGACAAAGGCACCAUUUCCAGGAGUUUUCUUUUGGAGGUGGGUUGUUUGAUGACAUGUUUGAAGAUAUGGAGAAAAUGUUUUCUUUUAGUGGUUUUGACACCACCACCAAUCGACAUACAGUACAGACUGAAAAUAGCUUCCAUGGAUCUAGCAAGCACUGUAGGACUGUCACUCAACGAAAAGGAAAUAUGGUUACUACAUACACUGACUGUUCAGGGCAGUAGUUUGUCCUUUUUCUGUUCUCUUUAAACCCAACUAGUUGACUCUUCUUCAAUAUCUUUGAUGCAGAACCAAUUUUUUGUGAACUAUUUUGACAAGUGCAUGAUUUCACUUAACUUGAUAUAGCUAUCAAAUAUAUUUAAAUUGUUUUUGAGAAAUUCAGCGACAUUCAGUUAGUAGAGAAAUAGCUAAUUAUUAAUUUCCCUGAUUAGGCAAGUUUCUUUAAAAAAAAGAUAUUAUAAUUCUGCCUGGUCUUUUUUCUCUACCUGCCCUUGGGCUUAUUAACAUGACCAGUUUUAUUACCAAGGAAAAAAUGAGUUUGCCUGAUAAAUAUUUAAAGGUUAAAUUUUAAAAGUUAUUGUAGAUUUAAAUUGUGUGAACUUGAAUGAUUUUUUUUGCAGUGAAACCUUUGCUAAUUUAAAAUUGCAUGCUCUGUAGCAUCUCUGACUUGGGUCACAAAAUAUGUGAAACUGUAUAAUUGAGUCGUUCCGCAAAGGAUAGCAAGCAGUAUCUUGGUUAAUUUCCACUGAAAGCUUCAGAAAGGUAUGGUUUAAUAUUUACCAGAGAACCAUGCAGAAGAAUUUGAGUGAAGGAAAUGAUUGUAUUGCUCAUAGUCAUUUAGACUCAAAGAAAGUUGAAAACUUAAUAUUGUCCAGAGUUUGUUACAUGUUUGGUCCCUGGCUAAUGAUUUUGUAGUGUUGAAAUCAUAGCUAUUUUACACAUAUUUUCACAUUUCUUCCUUAAUUGUUGACGCUCUAGAUUUUAGUAUGGAUUUAUGUUUUUUUGUGUGUGUGUGGUUUUUCUUCUUUGCCCUCAUCUUUAGAGAUUGACUAAUACCUCAUUCUGUUUAUAAAAACAGCCAGUAAUUUCUGUGCAACCUUAUUAUGUGCAAUAUUUUUAAAUCCUAAGAAAUGUGUGCUUUUGUUUUCAGAUAGACAUUUCUUUAGUUCCGCACUUUUCCGUGUUAUACUCCACAUGAGUAUUAAUCCUAUGGAUACAUAUUAAAACUAGUAAAUAUCUCAUACACCCUUGUGAGUGAGAGAAAUAUAAUAUUUACAAUA